AUGGACGCGGACGCGGUCCACGGGGCGGCGACGGAUGGGAAAAAAUUCCUCGACGUCUCCGACGACGAUGCGGCGUCGGAGACGUCGUCGACGGUCCCGGGCGACGACGCGUUCGAGCGGCUCCUCGCGCGCGCGAUGGACGCGGACGCGGUCCACGGGGCGGCGACGGAUGGGAAAAAAUUCCUCGACGUCUCCGACGACGAUGCGGCGUCGGAGACGUCGUCGACGGUGAAGAAUGAGGAUGAUUUCAAUGAUUCGAAUCCAUCGCCGCGUGCGCUGUGCGCGCGAUGGACGACGACGGCGCGGUUCGGGGAGAAGGCGCGCGCGCGCGCGCUCUUGGAUCGAUGGGCGCGAACGAUCGGUGCGGAGGCGGGGAUCGCGCGCGAGCGGUUUGAGAUCUCGAGCGGGUACGUGGGGGGGAAAGAAUCGACGUUGGAGAUGACCGUGCGUGGAUUCAGAGGGUUGGGUGAGGUGGAGACGUUCUUCGCGCGCGUGCCGAGAGGGAAACACGUCGAGUGGGGGAAAGCGUUCGCGACGUGCGUGGUGGAUGGAUCGCCGGAGUGGGUGGUGAUGGAGACGCGGGGGGUUGGAGUGGGGGUGGGGGGGGACGAGAAAGGAGACGCGGACGCGGCGCGCGACGCGCCGGCGGAGACGGAGACGAAGACGGAUUACGAAGACGUGGACGAGAGCGCGUUGGUUCCGGGGACGACCCUUCCGGACGGUCGGUACGUCAUGAUGGAUUGGAAGGGGGAGCCGAUGUUGAUCAACCCUGGGGAUAAGAUGCCGAGGUUCUGA